AUGGCUGGCCAAGCGAACGAGGCGAAUCUCUUCGCAGUGCCGGACUUCUGGCAAAAGUCGAAUUGGCUCCAAGACCUUGCAACGGAUCCCAAAGCCGACUUUUUCUCUUUACACAAAAGCGAUGACGCGACUACGAACGUCCAAGGCUCAUUUGCAACUGUUGCGCCGAUUGUCGCCGAACCAAAUGGACUCUUCAAUGCGCCUAUAUUCGAGAAUUGUGAGCCGGGCGAGCAAGAAUCACCAGCCGAUAAGACGAGCACAACUAGCGAGUCGAUAGAUGACUCGACAGUCGAGGCAGAUACGUGGAUGGACCUCGAUGAGCCUAUUAUCACGCCGCCCGCGCACCGAACGUGGGAUGCUUUCGAAGCAGGCACUGCAGCUCCGCCUGAGCCUCUAUUUCUAAGCGAAGCCGGAGCUUCGACAUAUGACGCUUUGCUCUCAUGGCCUACGGAUCCACUGAAUCUGAAGAACACAAAUGUUCCAGUCGUACAAACAAAGGCAUAUUUCUCCUCGCUGUUGUCUCUUGCGCUCGGCCAGCAGUCGCUGCUCUUUGUUCGAAACCAUUCAGGAAAGAAGUUUCGACCUGCGUUGCCCAAAUUUCGAAUAUCGGGGUACUCACGCGAGGUUCUGGCGGGUGUCGAAGAAGAAUGCCUAACAUGCGGUAUGCGAAUACUGGACCUGCGCUCAUUCAUCCAAAAAUCAUACGCAGGUGAAACCAGUCCAUGCCGCAUCGCUCUCGCGAGUGCUGUCAGUCAAAUACUGCAGGUGGUGCAUAAAUAUGUAACAGUCGACAAGGCGCAGCCUCAGUCGCUAUUACAACUACAGACGUCAGUAGCUUCAUUGGCGGCGAUAGUAAAGCCGCUGGUCAGGCUGAACGUGCAGCUGCGGCCGGAUAUGGGCGACCACGGUGUGCUAUCCGCCGUCUUUCAUCACGCGUCCCUCGCAGACGCUGAUAGUCGAUAUGUUCGCGAGAUGAUGCGCGAAGUCUUGCAACGCGUGUCAACACCCUGGAUUGAUUUUUUGCAGGAGUGGAUUGGGACAGUGGCUGAAAAGGGCAUUCCGUUGACCAAAUGCGAUGUUGGUGCGAGGAAAUGGUUUGUGAAAGUCGAUACAGAAAUAUACGUGGACGAUUUUGGACGACAAAUCGAAGACAUUGACUUUCGGCUUGAUCGCUCACGGAUGCCAGCAUUUAUACCCGAUGACGUUGCGCAGUCAAUAUUCGAGACUGGAAAGAAUCUGCGCUUUAUUAAGAGUCACCACCCUGAGCAUAUACUUGCCAAUACUCAGUUCACUCUUUCACAGAAGCCGCCAGAGAUAAGAUGGCUCUUUGACUGGAACGCUAUUUCGAGAGUUGAGCGGCAGGUAAAAGAGUUCAGAGAGAAGAUGCUGAAGGCAGUCAACGACUUUCGACUUGGGUCUGCGUCUAAUAUAGGCUGCACGCCUCAUGCCGCUUCGCCGAAAACGCAAGAGUAUAAUCUCACGUUCUUUGGUGUUGAUGAACAAGAAAUGGAGAACCGAAUCCAGGCAUCUAUGCAGCGUUUGCAACAGCCACUGAAAGACGGAACGACGCGCGACUCGCUGUCAACAAUCGUACGCCGCCAACUUGAUCAAGGCUUUUCUGACAGCUCGGGCAGCGGUAUCACGCCCCAUUGGUCAUUACUGCCGCUGCUUUCGUUCGGAGCUAUGGUGUCGGCACAGGCCCGCUCCAUCAACCACGAGCACAUGAGGCUCCUUUUCGUUAAGCACGACCUUCUUGGGCACUUGCGCCUAUAUAGGGACUUCCAUAUGCUUGGAAGUGGUCUGUUUUGUGCCAGGCUCUCACAAGCACUGUUCAACCCUGAUCUUGAGUCUGCAGAGAGACAGGCAGGUGUUGCUAGACAGGGCGGUGUGAUGGGCCUCCGCCUCGGCGGGCGUGAUACUUGGCCUCCUGCUAGCUCGGAAUUGCGUCUGGCAUUGAUGGGCAUUUUAUCAGACGCUUACUAUGAAGGCCGGCCCAAGUCGUCCAACAAUCUUGGCAGAGACGGUGAGAAACUUCCCGGCGACUUGAGCUUUGCUGUGCGAGAUCUCUCGGAGGAAGAAAUCAAGAAAUGCAUGGACCCAGAUUCUUUGGAGGCGCUGGACUUCCUGUGCUUACAAUACACCACACCGCCAGCGCUAAGCAGCGUUAUUACCCCGGUCAUUCUAUUGCAGUAUGACCGCAUCUUUCGGCUACUCUUGCGCGUCUUGCGAAUGAUGUACGUUGUCGAUGAAUUAUUUCGCCAGACUCUUUGGACCUCUCGACUGCACGGAUACGAACUAUCGGAUGACGAGUAUCGCUUUGCUCGAGAGGCUCGCAUUUUUGUCUCCAGUGUCGCAGGCUACUUUCUCGAUACUGCCAUAGCACUCCCUUGGCAGGCUUUCGAGAGCCGCCUUGAUCAGAUCCAAGCCGCUCUCGCGCGAUCUAGCAAUGACACCUUUACUGAACAACCGCCGAGUCCGCUUCAGCUGCAGCAGCUCCAUAGCAAGCUCCUGUACGCCAGUAUGGGCGGCCUCUUCCUGCGCAAGAGACAGCAGCCGAUACUGAAUCUUUUGGAAGAUAUCUUCAACGGCAUUUUGGAGUAUGCCAAAGCUGCCAAAGCGAGCGAGUCUACAGACCAGUCAGGAACAAGGCUUGCGUCAGAUAUGUAUCACGAGUUCAAGCAAAAGGUGCAAGUCUUCAUUACCCUGGUCCCUUUCUCGAUUGAGGGACAUGCCGAGCGCUUCUAUGACAUCACGAACACCACGAUGAGAUUUACACAAGAUCCCGCUGGCGAGGUUGCCGGCCUAUUUUCGUACGAGCACGCCGACGACGAUAGCCUCUGCGUUGAGAUUGGUCACGUGCGCGUCGCGCCUGCAUAUCAGCGCAAGGGCAUCGCUGUCAUAGCCACGGCGCUGAUGUUGCGGUACGCCAUGGACACCAUCGAGCAGGGCGGCCUAGGCCUCGUUCGCGUAGGCUGGGGCGCCAGCACCGUCAACGAUGCCUCGAUCCGCGUCGCGCGCAAGGUGGGCUUCGGCGAGAUUGGGACGAUACCGUACCAGCGCGUGAUCAAGAAUGGAAUGGCCAGGAACAAGAUGGGCAAUGGUCGAAGACUGGCGCCGCGGGCCCAGGCUGGUGAUUUGUGGAGAGACGUGGUCAUGUUCUGCAUAACGUGGGAGGAGUGGGAAGCCGAUAAAAGAGAUGUUGCAAUGCGGCUGUUGGGAGAUGGCUCGCAUGUGGAUAAAUGA